GCAGCACUAGGAGCAGCAGCAGCGGGAGGAGUAGGAGGAGGCCAUGGCUCGAUAUUGAGUGACGUGGACAGUGUCAGGACUGAGUAACAAACUUCGUGGGAAUAAAAAGUCUUGUCCUCUCUGUCAGCUCACCCAGGAUCCACUGACCACAACACAAUGAGUGUGGAUAAAGCAGAGCUCUGUGACUCACUGUUUACUUGGUUGCAGACGUUUCAGGUGCCGUCAUGCAGCAGCAAGCACGACUUGAUGAGCGGUGUGGCCAUUGCUCAUGUGCUGCACAGAAUAGACUCCUCCUGGUUUAAUGUGACAUGGUUGGGCAGGAUCAAGGAGGAGAGCGGGGCCAACUGGCGCCUCAAGGUCAGCAACUUGAAGAAGAUUCUGAAGAGUAUGAUGGAGUAUUAUCAUGAUGUGCUCGGUCAUCAGGUGUCAGAUGAGCACUUGCCAGAUGUUAACCUCAUAGGAGAGAUGGGCGAUGUGACUGAGCUGGGAAAGCUGGUACAGCUUGUACUGGGCUGUGCUGUUAGUUGUGAGAAAAAACAAGAACAAAUACAACAAAUAAUGACACUUGAGGAAUCAGUCCAGCAUGUUGUGAUGACAGCGAUCCAGGAGCUCUUAUCAAAGGAACCUUCAUCUGAACCAGGGAGCCCAGAGACCUACGGAGACUUUGACCACCAGUCCAGGAAGUACUAUUUCCUGAGUGAGGAGGCAGAUGGGAAGGAGGACCUGAGUCAGCGCUGCCAAAACCUGGAACAUCAGUUGUCCGUGGCACUGGAGGAGAAAUUGACCCUACAAGCAGAGACUCGCGCCCUGAAGGAAAAGCUGAGCCGCCGUGACUCCCUGGACACCACCACCACUUCCAUCACCGGCAAAAAGCUGCUGCUGCUGCAGAGUCAGAUGGAGCAGUUGCAAGAAGAGAAUUAUAGACUGGAGAAUAGCAGAGAUGACUUGCGUCUGCGAGAAGAGAUUUUGGAGCGGGAGGUGACCGACCUGCAGCUGCGUAAUGAAGAGUUGACCAGCCUAGCGCAGGAGGCCCAGUCCCUCAAAGACGAGAUGGACAUUCUCAGGCACUCGUCUAAUCGAGUGAACCAGCUCGAAACACUGGUGGAGACGUAUAAACGGAAGCUGGAGGAUCUGGGAGACCUGCGAAGACAGGUGCGCCUCCUGGAGGAGCGCAAUACUGUGUACAUGCAGCGUACCUGUGAGCUGGAGGAGGAGCUCCGCCGGGCGAACGCAGUCCGCAACCAGCUGGACACCUACAAGAGACAGGCUCAUGAGCUUCACACCAAGCACUCAGCAGAGGCCAUGAAAGCUGAGAAGUGGCAGUUUGAGUACAAGAACCUUCACGACAAGUAUGAUGCACUGCUGAAAGAGAAAGAACGUCUGAUCUCGGAGAGAGAUACGCUUCGGGAGACAAAUGAUGAGCUCAGGUGUGCACAAGUCCAGCAGAGGUGCCUCAGUGGAGCAGGAGGCUUGUGUGACACUGACGUCCCUGUUGGGAACCUUGCUGCAGAGAUCAUGCCCACUGAGCUCAAGGAGACCGUUGUGCGCCUUCAGAGUGAAAACAAGAUGUUGUGUGUCCAGGAGGAGAGCUACAGCCAGAAACUGGUGGAGGUGCAGGCCGAGCUGGAGGAAGCUCAGCGCAGCAGGAACACUCUGGAAACUCAGAACAGGUUGAACCAGCAGCAGAUCUCAGAGCUGCGUGCUCAGAUCGAGGAGCUCCAGAAAGCACUGCAGGAGCAGGACAGCAAGAAUGAAGAUGCUAUCUCCUCCUUAUUGAAGAAGAAGCUUGAGGAACAUUUGGAGAAGCUCCAUGAAGCUCACUCAGAUCUCCAAAAGAAAAGAGAGGUCAUCGAUGACCUCGAGCCCAAAGUGGACGGCAACAUGGCGAAGAAGAUUGAUGAACUCCAGGAGAGCUUGCGUAAAAAGGACGAGGACAUGAAGCAGAUGGAGGAGCGAUACAAGCGCUAUGUGGAGAAGGCAAGAACGGUGAUCAAAACCCUGGAUCCCAAGCAGCAGCCGGUGACUGGUGCUCCUGACAUUCAAGCUCUCAAGAACCAGCUGACGGAGAAGGAAAGAAGGAUCCACCACCUGGAGCACGACUAUGAGAAGAGCAGAGUCCGACACGAUCAAGAGGAGAAGCUCAUCAUCAGUGCAUGGUACAACAUGGGUAUGGCAUUGCAUCAGAAAGUGACCGGCGAGCGAGUGGGACCCUCUAACCAGGCCAUGUCCUUCCUCGCCCAGCAGAGACAGUCCACCAACGCCAGGAGAGGACUGAUUCGAAAUCACCCAAGAUAAUGGGAUGUAAAAAAAUAGCAACGCUCCAGCAGAUGAACAAAACAAAACACACAGAGAUGAUACUGACUGGAGAUACAGCAAUCUUCACCUGAACCUCUGUAAUUUUGCCUCAAUGCCUUCACUGGGUUGCUGCGCCUCAAAGAGAAUGUUUCCUUGCUGCUGCUGCCCCCUGCUGGAUCGUAAUGGUACAAGAUAUAUUUUUGUUCUCUGUGUAGCCUCAGAGGAGAGAGACGCUACAGUGUUUGACUGUGAUGUUGAUCAAAUUCAGAGUUAACUCACAGAAAGAAAUGACUGGCUGGAGUAGGAGGAGUCAUAGCCUUAAAAAGAGACUGUCACCUUUUAAGGUGGCUUUUGUUUCCUCUUUAGCUUCUCAGACACACUCCUAUUGUUUUAAUUUUUAACAUUUUUUUAAUACAUGAUGAAAUGUGAAUUAGUUUUGUCAAGGUUACAGGUGAAAUGUGGUUGACGAGGUAGAGGCAAUACAUUUACUACUGUAUUUUUAAUGCUGUAAAGCUACACAAGUUGGUGUUGGAACUAAGCUAAGGACAUUAGCCAUUAGUACACCUCUUUGGUUUUGUUUAUUUGUUUUUCCUUCCUGAAAAUGUGUGUUUAGUGUUGUUUUGUUUUGCUGUGAUAAUAUAUCAAGACCAGGAGGUUUGUUUAAUGGCUUUAGUCAUAUUUUUUCUCUAAUUGAGUAUUCACAAUAAUACAUUUUUAUUACAAUCUUACAAGGUACACAAAAGCACUUUCUCUCUACAUGGGUGGGUUUGUCCUUUGCCUCACUACAUACAUUACUCUUGUCUCAUUUUAUUUAAAGAUUCUAGGGUCUCAUUCAUCAUGUCGAGUGCUAAUGUGACUUCUGUGAAUGAUUUUGAUUUUUCUUUUUUCUAAUUCCUUUUCGUGCCCUCUUCCCAAAGACUGAAGAAGGGUGUUGUGGGUUGGACCUAAUGCCACUCACCACUUUAUUCACAGCUUUUCAAUGAUGUGAACAGAGACAACUGAAGGCCUCUUUGUUUAUCACAAAAGCUGGAAAACAUGAUAUUAUUGAUUCCCUCAUUUUAAUAACACUAAAAAUGAUCAAAAACUUGGCUAAUGGCUAACCUCAUCCAUAGUUCAACCGACGUGGAAGGAUUAUGUUCAUUAAUACACUGGAAUUUAUUCACUUAUGGUACUUUUACUUUUCAGCUGAUGUAGUAACUUCAAUGUGUCCCAUGUCAGACCUGCUGGUUUUGUCCCUGUUAACAUUUGUGCUAUGAUCCACACAGACCAGAAUCCUGCUGUUGUGUGCAUGUGCUGUUUUUUUUUUUUUUCUGAUGUUUCAUUAUUUUUGAGUUCAUAUUUAUGGUGGUGUGUCAUUAUCUUUGCUGCACAUUUGCAUGGCUGGAAGGGUUGAACAUUUUUGGUUAUUGUAUCACAAUGGUCUAGUAGAUUAACCAUACUGAACUUCACACAGGGGUCUGAGGCAAGGUAAAGAGUUGUAGUCCUGUCUGCUCUACUUUUGCACUACAAAUAAAUGGGAUCUUGAGAAAGUG